GUUAUAGAGAUUACUUCUCAAGGCGGGAACAGCCUCCGAAUUCCCUCCACAUAUCUCUCUCUCUCCAGAUCAGCUUUGGCGUUGCUCCUUCCCCAGAAGUCCCCCAAUUUGGAUCGCUGAGCCAAAACCCUAAAAAUUCAAAACCCCUAAUUGAGCCGAUCCUGAUCCGAUGGAGGGGUCGCCGCAGGAAGCGACGACCGCCGGAGACCAAGAUCGGCUGCAGCCGGAACAAAGGCGGGUGCGCCGGAGACUGGUUCAGUCCACACUGUUCCCGCCUAAGCCCCAAGAGAAUGCGGCGGAGAGAGAGCGCGAAGAUUGCGAGAAAGAGGACGGCGAUGACGACGAAGAGUACUGCGGCAGUAAACGCAAGACAAAGAGGAAGCCGAAGCCGAGAGCUUCUAAGAAGGUUGCCAUAAAUUAUACAGAGAUCCCGAGCAGUAAUUUGGAUGGUAAACAUUUUCAGGCUACAGUUAAGUCCAGUUCAUUCUCAAGAGCUUCUGGGGAAGAACACCCACAAAAAGAACAGCAGUGUGUUGGUUCACCUGAAGAAAAUGAUAAAACCUGCUCUCCUUUAGAAUCUGCAGCCAAUAUGGUGAGUCCACAGCAGUUGAAGCGUCGGGUAAAUUCUACACCUAAGAGGAAGCAGAUUCAAACUACACCAAAAAAAAAAGUAAUAAACGGUGGCCUAAGAGACGCAUGCCCCGGUCUGAUAUCAGAUAAUACCAUACAGAGUGGAAAUGCAACACGAGCAAUUCCUGAUCUUCGAUUGGAGGAAAAAAUGAAAGCUGAGGAAAAUGCACGUAUAUUUGGGGGAAGACAAAUGCAUCCAUUUUUCUCAUCACGGAAAAUUGCCAAGAAAAAUCAGGAGGUAGUUGACGUGGAGAGUUAUCAGUGCUGUGUUGAGAGGAAAGAUAUAAGCACUACCUUCAGCCCUGUUCAUGUAUUUGAAGAGGAUCAUGAUGAUUCUGGGUCUCUUGAUUGGGGGAAUUGGAAGCUUUCUGAAAGAAGCUUUAUCUCUACUACUUGUGAUCUCAAAAGCUUAUGCUCACCAGUUCCUGAAAGGUCAGUCAGUGCCUUACAUUUUGAUGACUUUCUAAAUGUCUGCCUGAGCAGCAGGCCAUUGCCUCGCAAUGGGGCUAUUCAACAUGAAGAGGUUUCUUUGGAUCGGUCUCCUGUACAAUCUGAACAUCGUCAUGCAACAUCGCCGAUAUUGUCAGCUGAUGAGCCAGUGGUGCAUUCUGAAGUCUCAAAGGAUAUAGAGGUUGGUAUUUUGCCAUCAUCACUGCAGUGUUGGCAGGACAAUAUACUGGAAAAAAGUGAUUUGCUAUCUGGGAAUGCUACCCCUGUAAGAAACUUAGAUGGAGCGUGGGAGGACUGUAAAAUGGAAAAAACUGAUUUGUUAUCUGGGAAUGCUGCACCUCUAAGAAACUCAGAUAUUGCAUGGGAGGGUAGAUUUCUCCAUGAACGUAUGACAACAUAUUAUCACAGCUGUGGCAAGUGUCCUGAGAACAGCUUAUGGACAAACAAAUACCUGCCUGAAAAGGCCUUUGAGGUAUGCGGUAAUGUAGAACCUGUUAAUUUCUUAAGUGAGUGGCUACGCCUUUGGAGUGGAAGAGGUUUCAAAUCUACUAAGGAUUUUACCGCCGGUAAAAAGUUUGCUCUGCAAGAUGAUGAUUAUUACUGCUGCUCAAGUGACUCUGAUUAUGAGAAUAGAGAUGACGAAAAUGAUCCAAAGAAUGUUCUCUUAGUUACUGGUCCAGUCGGGAGUGGGAAGUCUGCAGCUAUUUAUGCUUGUGCAAAAGAGCAAGGUUUUCAGGUUAUUGAGGUGAAUACAUCAGACUGGCGGACACGAAGUCAUGUGAUGCAAAGAUUUGAGGGUGGUGUAGAAUCAUACUCAGUUCAACGUACACUGGAAAAUCCUGUGGGUUCAGAGAGGAAGAGCUUACAAAAGUCCUUGCCAGUCAUAUUCAACACCACAGCAGUGGAAGGGUCUGAUAGUGAAGUACUUGAACCGAUACCCUUAUCAUAUGAGGAACAAUCACAAGUUGCCACUGGAACACCAGGAAAGUUUAUUUGCGAGGAAAAUAUAAUAGCUACUGAUCAAAGUGAAAACAAACCGUUGAUACUCUUUGAGGAUGUGGAUGCUGUUCUUUCUGAAGAUCAUGGUCUCAUUUCCACUAUUCAAAAACUAGCAGAGACAGCAAAGAGGCCUAUAAUCUUAACCAGCAAUAACAGCAAUCCUAUUCUGCCAAAUAAUUGGGACAGGCUUGAGUUAUGCUUCAACAAGCCAUCAAUGAAGGAACUCCUUUUCCAUGUAUAUAUGGUUUGUGCAGCAGAAAAAGUGAAACUUCAACCUUGCUUGCUGGAGCAAUUUAUUGAAUGUUGUCAAGGAGAUAUUCGUAAAACCAUUAUGCAUCUCCAGUUCUGGUGUCAGGGUCAGAGAAGUAGAAAAGAGAGUGAAAGACACAGAAUGUAUGGUUCACUACUCUUUGAUAUUGAUGCUGGGCACCGGAUGCUACCAAAGAUAGUCCCUUGGGGUUAUCCUUCUCAACUGUCUGAAAUUGUGGAAAAGGAGAUCUCUAAAUCAUUGAUGAUGGAAGAAAGCUCAAAGUUGAUGGAGGAAGUAACAGAGGGAGAAGUAAAUGAAACCAACACUCAGCAGUGCUCAAAGAUUGAAAAUAUUGAGGCCAAGAAAGAAGAAAUUUUAAGAAGCCACUGCCCUGUUCAGGAUGGAAUUGAGUUGAAGUUCCAACCCGAUACUGCUUGUGAAUUUUCCAAUUCCUUUGAUUCACCAGUUGCAUUCCCUCGGCGACAUGUUCGGAGAAAACUUGAGACAGUAUUGUCUUCCAGUUCUGAAGAUGAGAGAUUAAAUGAUACAUUUCCUGUAGUUCGGGAUAAACUCUUUGAGGAUGCUAACAAUGAAAUGUUCCUCGAAGUAGAUAGCAGAUGUCCUUAUGGUCUUCCAAUAGAGAGGUACUCCAAUACAGUAGCUGAGCCACUGCUGCAGCUCAAUUCCAAACCUAAAAAUUUGGAGGAAAGCUUCAAUUUAUUUUCUGAGCAGCUUGUUAACUCUAAAGAGGAGGCACAAAAUUGUUCUCAGUGUUCCGAAUCUGCACUAUUUACACAGACUAAGGGGACUAGCAAAUCAGUUGAUGUAUCCUGUGUGCCAGAAUCUUCUUUUGUUCCUGAGACUGAGAUCAAUAACGUAACAUCACUCUUUUGUGGGACAGCAUCUUGUGGUAAUGUUACUGACACAGUAGAAGCAAUUUCUACCAGCAAUCAUCCAAUACAAAAUGAGAAUCCAGUUGAGACAGUUAAUCAAUCUAUUUCUGCAUUACACCCAAUUCUGGAAACUGUGGAAAAUUUUAAUAUUUACAUGCAAUCCAUUCAAGGAGAGGAGGUGGGGGACUCCCAGACUGAGCAUGUGGAGGCUGUUUCAAGAGGGUAUCUGGGGAUGGAUGAGUGUAGUCGUAUGGAUUUCAGUAGGGGGAUCGAGUGUCAUGGCACGCCUAGGUUGUUGACAUUAAAGGAUUAUGCUCAAGAAGCGUGGAGAAGAAUUCGUGGUUGUCAUACAGAUAUCAGGCAUCAUGUCACUCGUGAAGAGAAGGAUGCUUCUGUAGUCUUGAAACAUGCUUAUGGAAUGAGUCAUCUGAUAUCAGAAGUGGAUAUAUUAUUUGGUAACUGCCAAAUGCUAAUCUGUGAUUCCUUGGAACCAUCAAUGAUUCCUUCUGAGAGAUCACAUUCAUUCAGAUGGUAUGAUGAUCAAUUGUGGAUGUCAUCCACAAUUGCACAACAUGGGAUUUGCUUCUAUGCAAAACAAAUUGCUGCUGCAGGAUUGAACAAUGGUUGUGUUAGUAGAAUGGAUUUGGCCUCGGAGAUGCUAGCAUGUUCAUCUAGUACAAUGGCUUUGGGAAAAUUGGUCGGUCAGGAAAGGAGAAUUGAGAGUUCAGAUAUGAGGCCACUAAGAAGUAUAAUUUCUAUAAAAAGGGAAUUGGAUUCAAACAUUUGCUCUGUUGUUCAGUCCAUUGUUCCAUCAAGAUUAUACUUAGCAACAAAAGGUGAUGCAUUCUAUGAAUACCUCUCCUCACUGGGCCAGAUUUCAAGAUCAGAAGCCUCCCGUUUAUCAGAAAGCUCCGGGAAAACAAAGCAAAGAAGGAGACAUGUUGCUCGAAGCUACUUGAGUACAGAUGGACUGAUGUUGUCGCCUGAUGACAUUUCAUUACUUGGUCGAUAUAAUUGCUAUGGGAAGCUUUAAUUGAAGGAUAUAAACUUGAGGUAAUCCGGGGAAACUAAUGUCAAUCGAGCGGUUAUUGGCUCAAUGGUGUUGUUCCGGAAGAGCAUCUGCAUCUCCCAAUGUAGAGCCAGUUUGUCACUUUUUGCCAUAGAAAAAGAUAGGAAGGUGGCUAUUUAUUUUACUUUCUGUUGAUGGCCAUGGUGUGGCACUAAAUGGAUGGUGGUGUUGUCUGUUUGUGGAUGAAGAAUGAGAAAGUGGCCAGCAGAAAUGGGUAAAGAUAAUCCCUUCGUUCUGGGAUAGGAAACUUAGUAGGACCCAAACUUGAGGCUCUUUAUUGGGGAAAUGUAGCCAAAGACCCCCCCGCGCACAGGUACAUUGAUUCAUAGGACGUGACAUCAUUCAUUUCCCUCAUUGUAAAUCUUGGCGGUGCCCCUUUUAUUCAUGGAAAAGCAACAAAUGGUGGGGGUGCUCCUCUUCUGUACUGUCAGAAUGUGUCAUGGUUGGGGGUUACUGAUGAAAUAAAGUGUUUACCCUGUUUAAAACUUU